GUACUAUACAAAACAUGGGUCAAAAAGAACAGGUAGACCCAGAUUUUGCCACUGGAGUCAUUAGAGAACAGAUAAAUGGAGCCAUACUUGAUCUAGGAACGAAAAAGGACGAGCUUCUUACCCAAGCAUCGAAAUACGAUGAGCUUAAGUUUAAGCUUAGUAAUGAGAUGGGGGCAAAAAAGGGAGGAGAAGAUGAAGUGAUGUUAUUGCUAGGAGAUGGGUAUUUUGUUAAGCAUAAGAUCCCGGAAGCAAUCAAUUUCCUUGGUAGAAGGGUGGCAAACAUUCAAAGGGGAGUUAAAGACAUAGAUGGUAGAAUAGAAGAAGCAAAGGAGACUUUAAAGAAGUUUGAAGAUUAUGCUAAGGUUGAACAGGGCCAAUAUGAAGGAGCUGCGAUGAACGAGGAUGGUCUUGAAAUGAUGGAUAUUCACGAAGAAUUGGAUGAGGAUGGAAAUGUUAUAUCUGUUAAGAUAAAUGAUAAGGAAAGUUCUCAUAUGAUUGAGGAAAAGAAAGAUAUCAAGAAGAAGGAAGUGAUGAAAGAAGAUUUCAAGAAAAAGAUGGAUAUAAAGGAAGAUUCGGAAGAAGAUUCGGAAGAAACUGAGGAUCAACUUCCAAUUAUGGACAUUGUAGAGAGAUUAGACGAAGAUGGCAAUGUUAUUGAUGGCAAGGCACAACCAGCUGAUCUAAAGACUACCAUUGAUAAAGUUAAGGUAGAGGAGACAUCACCAAAUAUCAUAGAUGAAGACUCUGAAGACUCCGUUGUUGAUGCUCCCGAGAAUGGUCUGCUUCCUAUAAUGGACAUUGUAGAGACUUUAGACGAGGAUGGAAACAUUAUUGAUGGUAAAGUGAAACCGGCAGUAAUAGAAGAGAAGAAAAGAGAGAAGGAAGAAGUUAAAGAGCCCGAAUCAGAUGAUGAACAAAUUAAUGAAUUAUUACAAGAUAUGGAAAUCGUUGGUAAUCCAAAUAAAUUAGAUGAAGAGAAAUUAUUGAAUAAGAUUGAUAAUUUGGACAUAUCUGCAGAUGAUAAAUUUAGGUUGAAGUUGAUUUUGUUGGAGGAGUAUAGAUCGAAGUUAGCAAAUGAGAAAGGGGAUGAGAAUGAGAAAGAUAAGAAAGUUGAAGAUGAUGCCAAGAACAUUGAUGUCAAGGGAGAUGAUGAAGUUAUUACUAGUUCAUCCGGAGCUGCAAUCAAUAGAAGUGAUAUCUUAGAGCUUGAAUUAUUGGCAGAUGAUUUUGAUGAUGAAGUUAAUGGAUCUACCGAAUUUGCAGAUGACGAAGAAUGGGACUUUGAGUUUAGUGAAGAAGAGGGAGAUGUCGAUGAAGAUGAUGAAGAUGAUGAAGAUUACGAAGAUGAUGAAGAUGAUAUUGGUGAUGAGUUAUUAUAUGGCACUGGACGCGCAGAGUUUAUUUCUAAUGGGAGUCUUAACGACCGGUUAUGGAAUGAAGUUAUGUCAUUGAGGAAAAAGGAGAAUACAGCGGAAGACUCCGUCAAACAGGGCAAGAAAUCAGUUAGAUUUGCACCCGAACUUGAUAUUUUCGAGAUUGAGAACAUUAGUCAGGAAUUAAAGAAUAUUGAACAUGUGAAUCAAAACAUGUCACGAUUCAAACAAGCUAGAGUCAUUGGACAACAGAGACCAAAUGAGAAUAUAAUACCAGAAGUGAUCGAUGACGAGAAGCCUGUAAGUGAUAUUAUUGUUGAUAGAAGUAUAGUUGAAGAACCUGAGCCAAUGGGGAUCAUAGAGCCCAAGAAGGGUAAGCAAUCCAGGUUUAAACUGAUGAUGAAUAAGAAGGUUGAAGAAGUUUUUAAUGAGGGUUUGAAUUCAGCUGAAGUGAAAGAGACUUCUAAUCAUUCUGUAGAUAUAUUAGAGAGAUCUAAUCCAGUUGAGGAUAUUAUAGAAAGAUCUAAUCCUGUCCAAGAUGUCACAGAAAAGUUUAACCCUGUCCAAGAUAUCACUGAAAAGUUUAGUCCUGUUCAAGAUAUCACUGAAAAGUUCAACCCCGUUGAAGACAUUAUCGACAAGUUUAACCCUGUUGAGGAUGUUUUAGAAAAAAAUAACUCUGUUUCCGAAAUGGCUACUCCAACUAAACGUUCUAGAUUUAAAAUACAAAGCGAAAAUAAAAACAAAUUGCAAGAACUUUCUUCGUCUCAACCAGUAGAGUCAUCUACCAACAAAAUAACCGAGAUUACACACAAUGGCGCCUUACAAGACAUUAUAGAGAGUGAUUCCAAAAACAUUAAAGAAGAAAUUCCAAUUAUUGAAAAGAAAAGGACAUCUAGAUUUAAAUCACAAAGAGAGAGUAAUAGAGCUACUGAUUUACCAAUUAUUGAAUCAAAACCGUUCAAUACUGUUAUCUUACCGAGAGCCCCAGGAAAUGAAGAAAUUAUUGAUCGUAAAAAGGCGAUCGAAGAGAGUAUAGCUGAAAUAGAAGACAAAGAAAUCUAUACUGAAGAAGAAGAAGAAAAAGAAGAAGAAGAAGAAAAAGAAGAAGAAGAAGAAGAAGCAGAUAUUGAAGUCAUGAGUACCACUCUUGAUUACCAAUCCAUGCAGGACGAUAUGGAUACCAUGGCUAAAGCAUACGUUCUUGGGAUGUACGACGACGACAUUGCUACGGAGGGUCCAGUUGUUGAUAAACUUGAAGAUUUUGAAGUUUUGAAUAAAAUAGUUGAAGAAAGGGGACAAAUUGAAGAAUUAGGGCAUGGGGAUGAUGAGGAUGAUGAUGAUGAUGAAGAAGAGGAUGAAGGUCCGAUUUUACUGGAAAUUGUUGAGAAUGAAACGGAGAUGCUUCCGGAAGAAACUAUCGAUGAUGAAAUUCUUGCAGAAGAAGUACAUACCAACUAUCAUAGACUCCGUCGUCAACUUAUGCAAGCUAGAAAAGAUGGCUACCGUAAAACGGACGAAGAGCUCGAAUUUGAACCAAUUGAUGAAGAGGGUAACCCUAUUAAAGUGAGUCGAUUCAGAUCUGCUCGUUUGAAUUGA